UUAUUUUGAAAACCCCAUAAAGGAAGUUGAAUCGGUCAUCCAGUUCAGCUGCAGAAACGUUCCUUCCUGCUCAUCAACAUGGACUGGAACGGAGACGGCGGUGACCACAUGCACGAUGACUGCCACCAUGGUCAUCCAGGCCACUCUCACAGUCAUGGUCCCAGAGCGGCAGCCUUUGGUGGGAUGGCUAACCUGUACAUGCCUGCUUACGGGCAGCUGGCCAAAAACUCUGAUCAGACUAUGGACAUAAAUCAGCAGCCAAAGAAACGGUCACUAAUGGAUGACAGCAGUAGCUGGGACAUCAUAAAGGCAACACAGUUCGGGAUCCUGGAGCGCUGUAAGGAGCUGGUGGAAGCAGGAUAUGACGUCAGGCAGCCAGACAAGGAGAACGUCAGUCUGCUUCACUGGGCCGCCAUCAACAACCGCUCCGAGCUGGUCAAGUAUUACAUUUCCAAAGGGGCGAUUAUUGAUCAGCUAGGAGGAGACCUAAACUCUAGUCCUCUCCACUGGGCCAUAAGACAGGGUCACCUCCCCAUGGUGAUCCAGCUGAUGAGAUAUGGAGCAGAUCCCUCCAUCACAGACGGAGAGGGUUACCGGGCGCUCCACCUGGCCAUCCUGUUCCAACACAUGGCCAUAGCAGCAUAUCUCAUGGCUAAGGGCCAGGAAGUUGAUCUACCGGACUGUAACGGACAGACGCCGCUGAUGUUGGCAGCCCAGAAGAUUAUUGGACCCGAGCCGACAAACUUUCUUAUCAAAAACAACGCCUCUGUGAAUGCUGUGGACAAAGUCAACAGGAACACGCCGUUGCACUGCGCUGUGCUGGCAGGAAAUGUGGAUGCUGCCCACAUCCUGUUGGAGGCAGGAGCCAGCGUGGACGCCGAAAACAUCAACGGUCACACACCCAUCGACCUGGCCCACCAGGUACACAGCCCGCUGCUCAUCCACAUGCUCAGCCAUGUCAAACAGGAGAGGAUUCGCUCUAAUUCACGCUGUCUUCGCUUUGUCAACAGAUACAAGGCUUUUGUGGGUUUCCUACUCUGCACCAUCAUGUUUGGUUGUUUUGGUGCCAUCGUAGAAAUGAACUCCGAGUCCUGGUUACUCAAAGGGAUUCUGCUGGCCUGCUUAGUAGGAGUCGUCAAUCUUGCCUCAAGGAAUUUCCCAGGCCCAGACUUUCAGUCUAUUCUGCCAUCCUCAGCUCUCAAAGCUUCGAUCUGCUGGAUGCUGAUCACCUGGUGCCUCUGGUUCCUGCCAGAUCUGCCCAGCGCCACGCUUCAGGUGUUGUUUACUCUGAAUGCCACCGCUCUCCUCUACUUCUACCUUCGCACAUGCAGAACAGACCCGGGUUUCAUCAAAGCAACAGCAGAGAAGAAGAAAAUGAAUGUGGUGGUGUUGGCUGAGGCUGGCUGUCUGGACCCCAGGAUAUUUUGCACAUCUUGUAUGAUAAGGAAACCAGUGAGAGCGACUCACUGCUUCAGCUGUGAUGCUUGUGUAGCAAAGCAGGACCACCACUCCAUCUGGACCAACACCUGCAUCGGUGCCAGGAACCAUUGCUACUUUGUCCUCUUGCUGCUCUCCUUGAUGCUGAUGGGGUCCUGGAUGCUCUACGGCUGUCUGAUGUACUGGUCCAUUCACUGUAAUCUGCAUUACAAGGAACAGGGCCUGUGGGGGUUCAUCUCCGCCCUGGUUGGCUGCUCCCCCUGGGUGCUCAGCGUCUUCCUGCUGUCCUUGUAUCAUACCUGCUGGUCUGGUGUGGCCCUGCUGCUGCAGCUCUACCAGAUUUCAUUCCUAGGGUUAACCACAGCAGAACGAGCAACUCUGCUACUCCAGCAAAGGAAACUAAGACAACCUGUGUCCAUGAGGCAGAAUCCCUUUAAUUUGGGCGUGGUGCAGAACCUGGUAUCGUUUUUCCAGUUGCGGUGCUGUGGCCUCUUCAAACCCACCGUCACCGACUGGACCAGUCAGUUCCAGCCCCACCGGGACCAGUACCUGUUUGACCAAACCCACAUGGUCUGACCUCCUCUCCUUCAAACACUCAGGGUCAGAUUCUGGUUCUGGACCAAAAGCACAGAAUGUAUUUAUUUAUUUUCCACCUGUUGGCUCCGUUUACAGUAAAACCACAGAAGAACAAAACGAGCAUGUGGAUAUUGUUUGUUUGAGCCGAUCUCUGUACAAACUGCUAUGGCCUUUAAACUCGACCAGCUAAAGGGAAUCAGAACCUUUGAGGACCGAAGGUGUUGAUGGAAGUUUUUAAUCACCUGGUUUGAGGAAAAUGAGAAUAUUUGUACAUGUGAACACUUUGUUUUAUGACUUUUGUAAAAGCUGCAUGUGUUUAAUAACAAAUGACCACUAUAAUACUUCAAUAAAGCAAUCUUGUGCCUGUCUGCUUUUA